CACUGCCUGCUGCGUGCGCUGGCGGGCUUCCUGCCGUGGCGCGAGUGGCCCGCGCUCCGCCCGCUGUCGCGGCUGUGGCGGCACGGCGGCGGCCUCCUGCUGUUCCACGCGCACCCUGGCCCGGCGCAGCGGCGCCUCCUGCGCGCCCGCCGGGACACCCUCGACCGGGCGCUGCCCGUGAUCAGGGCAG